AUGACCACCAGGGGUAUUCGUAGGAAAAAGUCGUACUUGGCGGAAAUCAAGGUGGCCGUCAUAGGAGCACCGUGUGUUGGGAAAAGUGCAUUAACAGUACGAUUUCUCACCAAACGAUACAUUGGCGAGUACGACCAUCAGGCAGAGAACCGGCACAAAUACGAAAUCAUGGUCGACGGAGAAGCGGUCCUGUGUGAGAUAUGGGAUACAUGCCCAAAGAUCGAAGAAAACGCAGAAGCCCUCUCGUUAACCGCCGGUUCCGAGACAGUACAGUGGGCGGAUGGGUUGCUGCUCGUCUACUCAAUCACAGAUCGCGAUUCCUUUAACUUCAUACGCAAGGCGAAGGAAGAGCUGGCCGGCGAUAUGCCGGUCGCGCUAGUUGGUAAUAAGGUGGACAUGGUGCAUCUCCGCCAGGUUAGCACGGACGAGGGUGAAAUACUGGCGAAAGACUUUGAGUGUAAGUUCUUCGAAAUAUCGGCCGCCGAACAUGUGUACCAGGUGGCGGAAGCAUUCCUCGAGCUGUGUCGUGAGGUGCUCACGGGAAAGCGGAAAUCGAAGCAGAGCUUCAUUGACAAGAUAGACCGCAUGCUGAGCGGUUCGCGAACGUACAACCGAGGGAAGAGUGAUAGCAUUUCCCCGAAAGAGUAG